GAGAGAAGUCCAGACGAUUCAGCGACCGCUCUUGACGAAGCUAUAAAAGCGUCACCCCACAAGGCCACAACUCGUCCCAACCCAAUCCCAAUCCAGAGCGAAGAUCGCGAUCAGAGCAGGAGCAGGCAACGCGCACCGAAAUCUUCCAAUCCACAAGACUCGCUACUUCGCAGUUGGCAGACUCGCCCGCAGCGAGCCGCUAGCAACCAAGCAGAAAUGUCGCUGGUGAGGCGCGGCAGCGUGUUCGACCCAUUCUCCGUGGACCUCUUCGACCCCUUCGACAGCGUGUUCCGCUCCAUCGUGCCGUCGUCGUCGUCGGCGGCGGCGGCCUCCGAGACCGCCGCCUUCGCCAGCGCCCGCAUCGACUGGAAGGAGACGCCCGAGGCGCACGUGUUCAAGGCCGACCUCCCCGGCGUGAAGAAGGAGGAGGUGAAGGUGGAGGUGGAGGACGGCAACGUGCUGCUCAUCAGCGGGCAGCGCAGCAGGGAGAAGGAGGACAAGGGCGACAAGUGGCACCGCGUGGAGCGCAGCAGCGGCCAGUUCGUGCGGCGCUUCCGCCUCCCCGAGAACGCCAAGACCGAGGAGGUGAGGGCCGCGCUGGAGAACGGCGUGCUCACGGUCACCGUGCCCAAGGCCGAGGUCAAGAAGCCUGAGGUUAAGAGCAUCCAGAUCUCCGGCUGAAGAAGACAUGGACGCGAGGUGAAUGGUCGCGUCGCGUUCGCGUCGCGGCGUCGGGUCUUGGGUUUCAGCGACGCGACUCGUGUGUGUGGUACUGUGGUUGCUCUGCUUUGGUAUGUCUGGUGUGUACGUGUGCUGUUCAGUGUUUCGUGGUCAUCGUCUGUACAUUGUGCUGUUCGGUGAGCUCCCCGACUCAGUGUGUUGUGUUCUGCGAGUGAAUAAAUAAAAACAAACCAGCUGUCGUCUCGUGUAGUA